UUACAAAUUGGUGUCAGAAGUGGGAUACUUUAUCCUGACGGCGGGAUAGAGUGUGUGUUAUCUUUAAGAGUUGGUGCGGUUAUUCACUUCAACUGAGAAGUACCGUGCUAGCUACCUUCUGAAGAGAGACAUCUACGCUCUACGGUACAAGGCGGCUUAAGGGAAGAAACAGUAAAAACUUGAGAUAGCGAUCAAGAUCUUCGAUACCCAGGCAUUAAGCGGCUGUCAACGCAGCGGUUCUUCGGUAACUUCGAGUUACUACCACUGCACAGACGAGGCGAACAUCAGUAGCUUUGUUACGACUACGAAGACGAGGCGAACAUCAGCGUAAAUGGUUCUUCAGUAGCUUCGGGUUACUACCACUACGCAAGUGAAAGUACAAACGGACUCCGCAAUUAACUCAGGUCAUCAAGUAAGUUAUUAUUGUGUAGUUGUUGUAAGAAAAAAUAAUGUAAUAAUUGUUUUAAAAGUUAUAGUAAUUGUUUUUUUGAGGGACAAGAAAUAAUAAUUGUUUUAAGAUGCCUAACACAGAGGAAGUUAAAAUAUGUGGUGGUUAUAUCAACAUAGGGCUGGCAGAACGUAUGAUGAACAAGUACGAUGGCAAUAAGGCAAAUUUGCACGCGUUUAUUGAUAAUUGUAAUAAUGCAUAUUCUCUUUUAAAUCCGAUAUACAAAAUUGCAUUCUUAUCUGUUGUGUUAUCCAAAAUUGAAGGGAAUAUUAGGUCAACAUUAUUAAAUCGCUCGUUUACUUCAUGGGAAGGUCUUAGAGACCAUUUAUUGGAAAACUACUCUGAAAAACGAACAUUCGCUCAAUGGCAGCUAGAAUUAAAUUCUUGUAAACAAGGUCAUAACGAACCAGUACUUAAAUAUUCCAGCAGAGUCGAGAAUUGUUUCAUUAAAUUGAUUAAAUCCUUAGAUCCGAAAUUAACUAAAGAAGCUCGUGAGGCUAAUGUCGAACUUUUAAAAAGUCAAGCACUCAACAUCUUUAUUAGCGGUCUUAUACCACAACUACAUAUCUUAUUAAAAUCUCAAAAACCCUCAACUUUCGAGGAAGCUGUAUCAAUAGCAAUUUCAGAAGAACAAGAAAUCAAAUCUAGGCAAGAGAUGAAUUUUGGUCCAAGUUCUAGCUUAGGUAUAAAACAUUGUAAUAAUUGUAAUAAAACCGGUCAUUUAAGUCAUCAAUGUCGGCAACAACCAAUAAUACGGCAAAUGCAAGCUAACAGAGAUAUGAUACCUACUUGCUUUAAUUGUCAGAAAAAGGGCCAUUUAGCUAAAGAAUGUUGGAACAGAAACCCAAGUAAUAAUCAACGCAGUUUUCAGAAUAAUCAUAGGUUUCCUCAAAAUAAAUUCCAUACUGGUAAUCGAUUUUCUAGCAACAAUAAUCACGGAUUUAAUGAUAAUAGGCCAACGAAUAACACAUUUGCACGACCGAAUUUAAACUCCAAUGGUCCAAGGACAGCGGCCAACCCAAGGACAGCCAAUUUAAUUCGGGCCGAGUAAUGUUUGUAGACACUGGAAUUUCAUUAUAUGUACAGUUAGACAGUUCGAGUAUUUUAAAUAAUCAAAAUAAGUUUCUUAUAGACACAGGGGCAGAAGUUACGUUGAUAAAGUUAGGCUCAUUAGAAGGAGAAACUUUAGUUUACGAAGAUAAGAAGCUAAAAUUACGAGGAAUAGAUAAAGAUGCCAAACCAACGAACACGAUUGGUUACAUCCAUUUGUCAUUUGAUAUAGGAGACAAAAGAGUUAAUCAUACACUUCACGUGGUUCCUGAUAACUUUCCUAUACAGUGCAAUGGAGUGAUAGGCAGUGAUUUUUUGGUAAAAACAGAUGCAAUUAUAAACUAUCAAGAUGAUGUGAUUGAAAUUUGUGGAAAUCAGUUGAAAAUUGAGUACAAUGGAAAAAGGGUUAAAGAAGAUGAUUUAGAAAGUUUAAGCGUUAAUAGUGAA